AUGGCCACCACAGCGGCGGCCAAGGACGGCAUCGCUGCCCGAGUUGACAGUGACACCGAGAGCGGCGGUGUUCAGCCACAACACGACGAAAAACAGCCAAAGUCAUGGUUCCGAGGGGUGUUCUUUCAGGCUACUGUCGUCGGCUUCUGCGCGUUUGGUGCUCCAGGGCUGUGGAAUGCAAUGCAGUCAGUCGGGGCUGGCGGCCAGCAGACUCCGUACCUUGUGAUGGCCGGAAAUGCCAUUCUUUUCUGUCUCAUGACCUUCGCCUGUCUUAGCGGGAGUAUCGUGAUCAACCGUAUUGGACUGCGCAUGACCCUGGCCAUUGGAACCAUCGGAUAUGUCAUCUACUCGGCAGCACUGUACCAGAACAACCGGCACGGCACCGAGUGGUUCAUCUAUCUCGGUUCAGCAGCGUGCGGUAUUACCGCCGGAUUGUUCUGGGCGGCAGAAGGAGCCAUCAUGCUCAGCUACCCGCCACCAGAGUCCAGAGGCAGAUAUCUCGCGUAUUGGCUGGCAUAUCGCAACAGUGGCGCCAUCCUCGGCGGCAUCAUCAACCUGGCCUUCAACUACAGUGGGAAGCAACUGGGCAAGCUGGAUUGGAGGACGUACAUUGUCUUUGUCGUCCUGCAAUGCUUGGGCCCGGCCAUUGCCAUGUUGUUGUCACCUCCACAGAAGGUUCAGAGAGGAAAUGGCACAAAGGUCCAGCUGGUCGAAAGAGUUGCUGAUAGCAUCGAGCUGAAGGAAACGCUGAGGCUGAUGUUGCGCAAGGAGUUCAUUUUACUUGUUCCUUAUUUCUGUUAUGUUACUUGGUCCUUACCGUAUAUUGGCUCGUACAUGUCGCUGUACUUCAGUGUUCGAGCCCGAGCACUCGCCUCUCUGGUCACGGCGCUUGCACAAGUUCUGGCAACCGCUAUGAUGGGCACUUUCCUCGAUAUCAAGCGACUGACCAUCAAUCAACGAGCGAAGGGAGGGUUCCUGGCAAUCAUGAUCCUCAGCGGCGGCGUUUGGACAUGGGCGGUGGUCAUUCAGCACAAGUAUCAGCAACACAAGCCCGCGCUUGACUGGGUGGAUGCGCAAUUUGGUGAAGGCUGGGCUUUGUACGUGUUCCAGCAGGUCGAGUUCGCCUUGACGUACAACUACGGAUACUGGCUCCUGGGGUUCCUAGCCAAGAAGCCGGUUGAAAUCGUCCGCUACGCGUCCAUUGCCCGGGGUGUCGAGGCCGCCGGGCAAUGUAUCGCGUCCGGGAUAAGCUCAACGCACACUCGCCUGAUCGUGUCCGCCGGUAUCAUGCUGGCGCUGUGGGGAUUCUCCCUGGUGCCAAGUUAUUUGGUUGUGAGGGAGGUAGGAAUCUCUCAUGUCGGUGCAGAGGAAUACCUCCCGCAGUUGAGGCCUUCAUCUGGGGUGAGAGAAGACAGGGACAUUGUAGACGAGAAGAGGGAGAGAGACGAGCGGCGACCGCCGUAA